CAGCGAAAUUCAUAAACCAUCAUUUAUCAAUUUUACCUCAAAACGUCAAUUUGACACCAAAAUGCCUCAAUUUCUCCCCACACACGGCCAGACAGGUCAUUCUCGCAGCCAACGAUCAAACAGAUCGAGUUUGCAGCCAAGUAUUCCCGUUGUUUUUUGGCCUGCAACAACAUGUUGACAAGGCACCGGUAGAACACUCUCCCAGCUCUUGAUAUCCGAGAGACACUGGGCGCCUUUUAUUCCUCGGACUGUUUGCCUCGCUAGUAGCUACAGGAACAACUCAAGGAUCUAGCUAGCUAGUGGGCAGAGAAAGAGAAACGCAAACCAAAACGCAGAAUUUGGAUAUUUGGAUACCCCUGUGAAAGUCUAAAAUGAGCGGAAGAGGUAGAGGAUUCAGCCCUCGAGGCGGUAGAGGAGGACGAGGCGGUCGUGGAGGAGGAGGCCGCGGGGGAAGAGGCUUUGGAGGUGGAAGAAGCGGAGGCCGGGGAGGUGGAUUCGGAGGAGGAUUCGGCGGCGGAAGAGGAGGGCGAGGUAGAGGCGGCGGAAGAGGUAGAGACGGUGGAAGAGGUAGAGGUGGUGGAAGGGGAGGCAUGAAGGGUGGUUCCAAAGUCGUUGUAGAGCCUCAUCGGCACGAGGGGAUCUUUGUUGCCCGUGGUAAAGAGGAUGCUCUGGUCACACUGAAUUCGACUCCUGGAGUUGCUGUCUACGGCGAAAAGCGCAUCAGCGUGGAGGUGCCCCCGGUUCCUGGCAGUGAAAAUGGUAGCACACCCACCAAGGUGGAAUAUCGAGUCUGGAAUCCUUUCAGAUCAAAAUUGGCUGCCGCUGUCCUUGGUGGAAUGGAUAAUAUCUGGAUUGCUCCAGGAAUGAAAGUGUUAUAUUUGGGAGCAGCCGCUGGUACCACGGUGUCCCAUGUGAGUGACAUUGUUGGCCCCAAAGGAGCCGUCUAUGCAGUGGAGUUCUCCCAUCGACCAGGUCGUGAUCUUUUGGGAGUAGCCAAGUUGCGGACGAAUAUCAUUCCCAUUAUAGAAGAUGCUCGUCACCCUUUGAAGUAUCGCAUGCUGAUUGGAAUGGUGGAUGUGGUGUUUGCAGACAUUGCACAGCCAGAUCAAGCCCGUAUUGUGGCGCUGAACAGUCACUAUUUCUUGAAGAAUGGAGGUCACGCGGUUGUGGCUAUUAAGGCUAGUUGCAUUGACAGUACAGCAGCACCAGAAGCUGUGUUCCGAAGAGAAGUGAGCAAACUGCAAUCUGAACAAUUCAAGCCAUUGGAGCAACUUACUCUGGAGCCAUAUGAGCGCGAUCAUGCUGUGGUGAUAGGAGAAUACAGACCAAGCAAGAAGAAAAAGAGCAAGGAUUGAGACUAUAUGCCACCUCAACACAUCUGGCC